AUUAUAGCUACCGAAAAGGCCUACUUUCGGUUUGUCUUUGAUUGAGGAAAGUGAUUUUUCAGUUUUUAAAUGUAAUACACAACCACUCCCACAAGAUGUUCCCAGCAGUCUGUCAGAAGUUUGUCCAUGCCAUGGGCCCAGAGACGAUGAUGCCCGCUCACAGUAUGGACGCAGCGCAGGAUCUAGACUUACUGAAGAUCGUGCUGCGGAAAACAAAAAGACGCUAUCUCUUCUGGGAAAAAGUGACGCAUACUGUGCUCGACUUUCAUCUUCAGGCACUGCUAGAAAACAGCCAUGUUGUUCUCGAUGUUCCGAGUAAAACCAAAAAUUUCUGUGAGUUUAAUCCGGAGAGUAAAUAUUCCCUGGAUGGAAAGCUGGGGAUCAAGUUGAUGAAGGAAUUAAUGGAUUCCUCUUUAUCUGCAUCAGACUCGGUCACUAUUUCAUCUAAACUAGGAACCAUUCAGGAGAAAUCACUGGAUUCAGAGGCACUGCUGGAAGCACUCAGGGGCAGAAAAUUGGAUAUGAACAACAUGAUUGUAAAUCAGGUCCUUGGGAGCUCUAAACAGUCAAUUAGUCUGUGCAUUGUCAACGAUUUAUACGUAGUCGAGAAAAACGCAGAAAUAAAGAGAGUUUCUUCAGUGGAUGAAAAAAUGGAUCUUGGUGAAAAGGUAACGGCAGUGCCUGGUAAUGUGGAUGAAAAUUUUCAUUACGACAAAACAGGUGACAUUGUCGUCCCUGCUGGCACCCCAGUGGCUUACAAGGUGUGGGAACUUCAGGUUAGGGCCAGUGAUGGGACCAUCACCCCCAUGACGCUACCCACAGGCAAGGGAGGGUUCCUGGGUAGCCGCUCCAAUGUGGACCUUGCUGACAGUCUUGAUCAUGAGAAACCAGCCGACAAAACAGGACAUGAAAUAGUGGCAGACACUUUAAAACCUUUGGUAACCAUGAAAGAUAGUGAGAGACAAGCUUUGAUUUCAGCUUUUAAGACCGUCAUGGGAAAUCAAGCAGAAAUCAGGGAGCUGGAACACUUGUUCAGUCAUGUAGAAGCAGGAGAGUUUAAAGAAGUCUCUUUCUCAGAAUGGAUGAAAAAUUGUUCUUCUGAUGAAAACAUUUUCAAGACAAUUCUAACAUCCAGUGGAUUCAUAAUUAAGGGGGAUAAGCUUCAGUACCCCUCACCCACCAGUGACACUCUUACAGCCUGUGCCUAUCUUUUGGGGGCACUGCAUGAAUUUAACAAGCGAGAACUACAGCUACUUGUCUCCUGUGAAAAAGAAGCAGGAAUACCUCUAGUAGAGAUGUGCUCCCAAGCCAUUAGUGGAGAGAGUGCUAUAUCAGUACCAGACUUAGCUAAAGUUCUAGGUAAAGGGACAGCUGGCCGAAACCUUGCAGAGUCCCUGGGAUUCAAGCUGGAUGAUGGAAACAACACAGUUACUGCCCCUAGUCACAUUUCAAAAACAUUUGAGAAUAGUUACUGGGCCUUGUACACAAUGUUUAAGUAAUUCAUGUGGCCUCCUUAUUGAUGCUUUAACUUUUGUGCCAAUUCAGCAUGCUCAUGUAGCAGACGUUUUUUUAACAUAUAUGUAGAUAUAAUCUAUACAUGUAUGAAAUGCAUACAUGUAGGUAAACUUCAUAACCUUGAGCACUGAAACUGAAUACCUUGGACGUUGAAGUAAUUUUGAAGCCUUAUCACUUUCUUGAGAUAAAAAGGAAUAUUGAUUAAGUAUUUACCCUUAUAUAUUUUUUCUUAUUCUAGUAGAGCUCAAGUUAACAGGAUUUGUGUGUAUUUAUAGCAGCUCAAAAAAUUGUCUCAGAAUCUCCAGAGAACUGUUAUAAAUAAAUAAAUAAAGGAAAACAUGUUUAUAAAACUUGUAUGUAUUUUAAUUAAACACUGCCAAAUUUUGAACAGACCUACACAACUCUGUGUUCUGGCCCCGGGAUCAUGAAACAGACUUGGACUUAAGUCGAAAUUUUAAUUAUCUAUAAAAUCUUUAAAACUUGUUAAAGGAAACUCAUAAUUUGCAUGCAACAGCAGGCUGAUGAUACAAAAUCGGAAAACAUUUUCAUUUUGGGCUGCAUGAUCUCUAAAAAAUUUCAGCAUCUAAGGCAUUUUUUGACUUAAGCUUAAGAUGCUUCAUGAUCCCGGGGCCUGGUUGCAAACAUGUCAUAUUUAUUUACCGGUACUGUGCAAAAUGGAAUUAAAUAUAGAAAAAAAAACUUUGAAA